GAGCCCUCCGCCGCCUGACCCGCCGGCCCGGUUGCGGCGCUGCCCCCCCACCGCCCGCCCGGGAGAGGCACCAUGGCGGGCCGGGUGAGCGGCGCGCCGGCCCCGGGCCCGCCCGCGUCCGGGGCGGCGGGCCCGGGGGGGGCGGCGGGGAAGGAGAAGGAGAAGCGCUCGCUGGGGAAGCGACUGCUGUUCCGCGGGCGCGGCGCAGGGGGCUCCUCGCUGGGCGGGCUGGUAAGCCGCGUGCUGCGGACGCUCUCCACGCUCUCGCACCUGGGCGGCGAGCACGGCCCUCCCGCCGCCCCCCCGGCGCCGCCGCCGCCGCCGCCCCCCGAGGAGGAGGAGGAGGAGCCCGAGCCGCGCCCCCCGGCGCCCCCCGACGCCCCUUGCUGCCCCCCGGCGGGCGCGGCGCUGGUGCCCGGCGUGGCGGGGCUGCGCAACCACGGGAACACGUGCUUCAUGAACGCGGUGCUGCAGUGCCUGAGCAACACGGAGCCGCUGGCCGAGUUCCUGGCGCUGGAGCAGUUCCGCGCGCCCGCCGCGUCCCCGCCCGAGCCCCGCGCCGGGGAGGUGACCGAGCAGCUGGCGGAGCUGGUGCGCGCGCUCUGGACGCUCCAGUACACGCCGCAGCACAGCCGCGAGUUCAAGAGCAUUGUUUCCAAAAAUGCCCUGCAGUUCCGAGGGACCUCACAACACGAUGCACAGGAGUUCCUGCUCUGGCUUCUGGACAGAGUCCAUGAAGAUCUCCACAAUUUAGUGAAGAACAGCGAUGGAAGACCUCCUCUGAAGCCACCAUUAGAAGAAGAGGGAACCAUCUUUCCAGUAAACAGCACUUUCGUUCAGGAACUCUUUCAAGCUCAGUACAGGUCCUCCUUGACAUGUCCUCAUUGCCAGAAGCAGAGCAAUACUUUUGAUCCAUUCCUCUGCAUUUCUCUGCCGAUUCCACUGCCUCACACACGGCCGCUGUAUGUUACUGUGGUCUAUCGAGGAAAGUGCUCCCACUGCAUGCGCAUCGGAGUGGCUGUACCUUUGUCUGGAACGGUGGCCCAGCUGAGGGAAGCUGUGGCCAGAGAAACCAAAAUACCUGCCAGACAGAUUGUGCUCACCGAGAUGUAUUAUGAUGGCUUCCAUCGCUCUUUCUCUGACUUGGACGACCUCGACGUGGUGCAAGAGAGCGACUGCAUCUUCGCCUUUGAGACCCCGGAGAUCUUCUGGCCUGAGGGAAUCCUCAGCCAGAGAGGAAUCCACGUCAACAGUAAUCUGAACCACUUGAAAUACGGCAUUGACCACCCCAAGUCAUCUGCUUACACCCAGGCAAGGCUAGAGAGCUGCAGUCCCAGGACAACGGCGGCAGCUGCUGCUGCGAGCGAUAAGAUUGUAGUGUUGGUGUGUAACAGAGCCUGCGGUGGGCAGCAGGGAAGGAGGUUUGGCCAACCCUUUGUGCUGCAUUUGGAGAAGACCAUCCCUUGGGACCUUCUGCAGAAGGAGAUCUUGGAGAAGAUGCAGUAUUUUCUGCGCUCCUCCGCAUGCAUUCAGGUGUGUCCGUUCAGCUUGCGAGUGGUCAGCGCUGUGGGCAUAACAUACCUCUUGCCUCAAGAAGAGCGGCCCCUCUGCCACCUGAUGGUGGAACGGGCCCUGAAGUCUUGCGGGAAAGGUGGAGUCCCCCACGUGAAGUUAGUGGUCGAAUGGGACAAGGAGACGAAGGACUACUUGUUCAUCCGUACGGAGGACGAGUACGUCCCCGAUGCCGAGAGCGUCCGCCAGCAGAGGGCGCUGCACCAGCAGCCACAGUCCUGCACCUUGGCCCAGUGCUUCCAGCUCUACACCAAAGAGGAGCAGCUGGCCCCCGAUGACGCCUGGCGCUGCCCCCACUGCAAGCAGCUGCAGCAGGGAAGCAUCAGCCUGAGCCUCUGGACCCUGCCCGACGUGCUGAUUGUUCACUUGAAGCGCUUCCGACAGGAAGGAGACCGGCGGAUGAAGCUUCAAAACAUGGUCCGGUUUCCUCUGACCAGCCUUGACAUGACCCCUCACGUGGUCAAGCGAAGCCAGAGCAGCUGGAGCCUGCCCUCCCACUGGUCCCCGUGGAGGCGUCCCUACGGCCUCGGGAGAGACCCGGAGGAUUUCAUCUAUGACUUGUAUGCGGUGUGCAACCAUCAUGGCACCAUGCAGGGGGGGCACUACACAGCCUACUGCAAGAACUCCAUUGAUGGCCUCUGGUACUGCUUUGAUGACAGCGAGGUCCAGCCGUUGGCGGAGAAUGAGGUGUGCAAGCCAACCGCCUACAUCCUCUUCUACCAGAGGCGGACGGCCAUUCCCUCCUGGUCGGCCAACAGUUCUGUGGCAGGUUCCACCAGCUCCUCCUUGUGCGAACACUGGGUGAGCCGGCUCCCGGGCAGCAAGCAGCCCAGCGUCGCCUCUGCGGCCUCCUCCAGGCGCACGUCGUUGGCGUCUCUCUCGGAAUCGGUGGAGCUGGCGGGGGAGCGGAGCGAAGACGAUGGAGGGUUUUCAACCCGGCCCUUCGUGAGGAGCGUGCAGCGCCAGAACGCGUCUUCCAGAUCCUCGGUGACCAGCCCUUUGGCCACAAGUGAAAAUGGGACCCGCCCUUCGUGGUCCCUCUCAGCCAAGCUGCAGAUGCGCUCCAACUCGGCCUCUCCUGUCCACGGCUCGCCUGCCGCCCUGGAGAGAAUCGGGGAGUCGGGCGAUGACCGAGUGGCCACCUCCUGCUUUGGCAGCCGGCGGAGUCUCUCGGGCAGCCACCUGGAGCCUGGUGAGGGGGAAGGCAGCCGCCGCAGCCAGCAGGACUCGCGGACGGUUGGCAGGGCCCCCCUGGCAGUCAUGGAAGGCGUCUUCAGAGAUGAGGCCCCGGCCUGGAAACCAGGCGCCUCCGGCAAGAUGUGCACACAGGUGGACAGAGGCGGGUCUGCUCUGGACCCCUUUGACAACAACAAUCAAAUAGCCUUCGUUGACCAGAGCGAUUCUGUGGAGAGCUCUCCUGUCAGGGAUGGCCAGAACUUUGGCUGGCUGGCCAAGCCAGAGGGCAGCAGCUCCCCCCAGGCCCUGCCCUCCCAAGACAGCCUCGGGCCAGGUAGUGGCUUGAAGUCUGGGCGGGCAGUCUUGUCCAGCCAGGAUUCCCCGGCGUCUCACCGGCCACUUGCUUCCCCCCCUCCCUCCAAGGGCUUGCCGAAGGGGCCCCGUUCCCGGAGCAAGCUGGACUCCUGCCGGGCCAGUGGGCGCCCCAGCUCUCCUGCCCCCAGGCCAGGCAAGAAAGAGGCUGGCUCGAAGGGCCCUGAGGCUGCCUCUGCCCAGCAGAAGCACCGGUCAGCUUCCUCGCCGUCUUCCUCCGCAGCAGCCAGAAGGAGCUCCUCGGGGUGCUCCGUGCGGGGGCACCCCCCCUCUGGCAAAAGCAGAACUUCGGACCGCAGCCUCGGCCGAGAGGGCUCUAAGCCGAGCGCAGUCUCAGAGAAGACGGGCGUUGCUGCUGGCUCGCGGACAAGCUCCCCUCGGCUAACCCAGGCACGUGGGGAGGGCAGGGUCCCCGAGAGCAAGCACGUGCGCAGCACCUCCUUGGCCAGCCUGCGCUCGCCCGGCCCUGGUCCCCGGUCCGGCCUGAAGAGGGACAGCAAGUCGGAAGAGAAAGGCUUGUCCUUCUUCAAGUCUGCCCUCCGCCAGAAGGAGAGCCGGAGGUCAGCCGACCUGGGCAAGACCACUCUGCUAGCCAAGAGGGCAGUGGGCAGCUCCUCCAAGGCUGCCGGGAAAGCCAGUUCCGAGGAGAAGCUGCCAGACAACGCAGCCCUCCCCGAUGCCAGCGCAGCCGCCAUGGACCCCUUGCUGCCGGGCAAGCGCUCCCUGCUGGCCACUUGCAAAUCGCAGUCUUCCCAGGUGGAGGGCAGCCCCAAGUCCCCCAGGGAGGGCAGGCCAGCUGCCAACAAGGCUUUGCGCAGGCUCCCCCCCGGGGUGCCCUCCACCUGUGCAUCUUCCACAUCUCCGUGACCCGCCACCACUCGGCUGCUGCUCAGCUGCCCUGAAGGGAGGGGUGGGCCUCCUCCCUCGCUUUCCGUGGAUGAGGGGAACUUUGCUGCUCAGGCACCUUCCAGUCUGGCCCUCGUACCAAAUAGCCACGGGCAGCCGCAGCCUGUCCAGGGAGCCGUCCCGGAGCGCGCGCCUGCCGGCUGGGUCGCCUCACCAGUCAUUUUAUUCUGGGGCCUGUCCAGGGCAGGUGGCGGCCCGGCUCCGCGAGCUGAGAAGGUGUGCAGAGGGAACCGGGAUGCAAGGCGGUCCCUGGUUCUGCCGUGCCGCCCUCCCACCUCGGCCCUCCACAUUGCAAGCUUCUCCGAGGGCAGUAUUUCGGCUCUCAUGUUAUUUCUCAGGUAAAUGCUCAGCCAGGACUAGGAGGAACCGAGGAGUUGGAGAAAGGUGCCUUCUCUCUCUCUCUCUCUCUGAGGGAUGUUCGACAUGUUCUUUUAGUUCGGAGGGGUUUCUGUUGGGGUGUGUGUGGUUUUCAUAGCCUGUCCUGCCUGAGGCCACCUCAGUUCAGGCGCUUCCCUGGCCUUCGGGGUGGGGGGGCUGGUCGUGGCUUGGAAGUCGGCCAUGGGCAGGAGGAGGAUGGUUCGAGAAGAGGGGGCUGCGGGAGGUGGCGGUGGAAGGCAGGCUUCUCUGCUGUCCCUGGACACGUGGGACAGGUACACCCCCUUCAGGGGAGGGUGGCUGGCGGCGCUUCUUGUGGGAGGGGCCUCUGGUUUGGAGGGUCCUCGUGUCCUUGCUUAUUCUUCUGCCGAUGGCUUUUAGUGCAGGGCCUCAUCGCUGUCCCUGCACUGUCUGGAAUCAGGAACGUGUCUUCUCCUCCUCCCUUUCCUGACAGUCCUGGUGUUUUGGGCUCCUGACACCCCCUCGUUCUUCCCUGUUCAGCUGUCCCCAAACGGCUUCCGUGUCCGCUGGCCUGGGUACGGACGUGCAGAAAGGGGGUAUCUUGGAUCCCCUGUGAAUUCUGGAUGGUUGGCAUGCUCCUUCCCCUGGCAAAGAUGCAGCAGCAGCUGCUGCAUUGUUCUUGCUGCCCCCCGAAUGAGCUGAGCCCCUCUGUGGUUGGUUCUCUAAGCUCCUCUUUUGCUGGUCUGCAGCUCUCUUCUGUGUGCAGCUCAAGGGGCUGCUCUUUGCCCUGCAGGCAGCUCUGGGAGGGAGCUGUUGACUUGUGUUUUGUGCCCCCUCCUCAAUCUGGGCAAGAUCUCUCUUUGCAAGGGUGCCUUCGUUAAUGGGUCGCUCGCUUGCUGUGCACCCUUGGAAAGUGACUGGGGGCUCCCUUCACAUGUUGCUCAUCUGACACUCAUCUGUCCUACUUUGCAGAAUUUGAGCCCUUUCCUUGCAAUCAUCUUUUCCAGCUAUAGCUCCCUCCAAAAGCAUUGGGAUGAAAUUCUCAGAAUUCCUAACCCCCGUGCCAUGGCCUUCUGGAAGCCAAGGCCUUACCACAUUUGGAAAGAACCAGGUUGGAGAAAUCAGCUUAAAUGAGGAUGAACAAAGAUGCUUCAGUUUGGGGAAGAACAGCUGGUGGUGGUAGUGAAGGGUUGUAGGCUGGUCUCUGUCCACAUAAAGCACAACGGGGAGUGUGUGUUUUCUGUAGCUGGGUUCAUGGAGGUGCAGCAAGGAGGAGGAGAGCCUGUGGGUGCAGGAGUCCCUCUGGCCCUUGGUGUCUGUCCCCUGUCAAGCUGACUCUUGUGGAGUAACACCAGUUUGCUUGGAGCAGCCUCCUGAAGCUCUUUGUGGCUGGUCUUUGGACCCUGGGCCUGGAUUGUCUUAUGAUGGGGACUUGCUCUUGGCUCUCCCUUGCCCUGUGGAUCUCAUUUGAAUGAGACAAAGACCCAACCGUUCUUGAGAUCCUCAGUUGCCAACGUCAUCUAGGGCUCAUUGGACAUUUCUUUGAACAAGUUGGCCUAAGAGUCAAGGUGUUGAUUGUGUGACACUGGAAUAUUGUAUCUAGGAAGCUUCUACAGUUCUUGGGGUGGGGUGGGGUGGGAUUGGUAGUAACUAUUUCUAGCAUCCUUCAAAGAGGAUGGGAACUGCACUCAUCCUCAACUGGCAUAUUUCUUCCUUAUGUGGUCAUACUUCCAGUACUGAAGAGUCCAAUUCCUCAUCCCAGAAGGCUUUCUGUGUUUUGGGAUUAGAUGAUUAGUUUGUGUUAAUUGUACCUUCAAGGAACCAUUCAGAAGACGUACCUUGAACACUUCAUGUUACUUGUCCUCGACACACCAAGUGGAGGCUUUGCAACUGUGGCAAGCCCUUGCUUUCAGUCAGUGUCCUUUAAACCUAGAUAAGGCUCAAAUCAGUUCAGAGAAGUGUUGGGACAGGAAACCUCCACGUUCCAGGCGUAUGUGACUUAAUCCUGCAGACAAUUCUUUGCUUAGCAAUCACAUCUGGAAUGUUGAGCAUGGCCAGUUACUUUCCCCCUAAAAACUGAAGUUAAAUUUGCAUGGCACUGCCCAGCUGUUCCCUAUGCAUGCCCAUAUUAAGUAUGCAAACAACUCUUGCAAGCCUCAGUAGAACACACUAUGGCAAGGAUAGGCAACCUGUUUUCCUCUGGGUGUUUCUGAGUUGCAACUCCCAGCAUCCCUCACCAUGGGCUAUGCCACCUCAGGAUGGUGGGAGUACCACAUGGAGGCUGUAGCUCAGGCAUCCUGGGCUGGGCUGCAAGAAUUUGGGAUGGAGUGUUAUGUCCACCCUACUCUGGAUGCAGCUGAGGAGCCAAAGAUCCUUGUUCCUUGCUUUGGUAGGCACCCAAAAUAGCUUCCUUUGUGUGAUCCUUGGUUUACUUCUGUGGAUAUAAAAAUUAGCUGUGGAGUACUUAAAAGAAGGCAGGCAGUUUCUCUCAUUGCCAGCUAUAUUUUUGUUUCUAAGCAAGGACAGCCUAUGCAGCUUUCACCCCAGACCCAUCCUGGUCUGCUUCUUGGCGAGUUGCUUCAUGAAUGUUGUCAGCCUCUGGCAGGUCCUGCAAUGGGGAUGCCUCUCACCUCCCCAUGGCCCAGGAAGGCAGAGCUUGUCCUGGAUGAGGGGGACCUGGCUGUUCAGCUAAGGCCUGCAAAGUCGGUUAGGGAGGGGCCCCACAAAAUGGCCCAGGCAGGAGGCCUGGUGGGCCCCCUGCCCAGGACAGGCUUCGUCCGACUUGUUCAGUGCCUUCUGCUCAGCCAUUCCAGAAGCCGCUCUCAUUGGGGUCAGAAGGUGUUUUCCCUUGGAAAUUCCAGUUGAAAUCAUGUUUGUGGGAAAACCUUUUUCUCUUUGCUCAUUUCCCUAUUAAUUGUUGAUGGGUCCAACAUAACUGCACAAGCAACUGAAAUUUAGUUUUAAUCUUUGGUGAGAGGACACAAGGUUUUUUCUUCAUUGAGGGAAAGACGCACUAGCACUAGGAGCUGUAUCUGACAAAAUAAAAAGGAGAGCGGAGUUUGCGACACACGGAAAACGUGGAAAUUCCUUGAAUAACCUGGAAAGCAUUUCUGAGUUCAGCAGGCCCUGGGAGCGUUUUAUUCUGCUUGGCCUGGCUGCCCAUCUCCAGAGGGGUAGCCCAGGGACACCCCCCCCCGGAGCCUGGCCUCACCUUUGGCUAAAACUACCUGCUCAGACCUGACUCCGCCCUGGCGAACCGUGUUCCGUGCGAGGAGCUGCAUGCGUCCCUCUCCUUCCCCGCUGCUGACUUUGAUACCGUGAUCAGAGUUUCCGUCUUUUUUUUUAAUCUCUACAAUCCCCUGGGAAGGAGACUGUGUCCCCUUCCCAGAGGGGGUUUUAACUUAUUUCAGAGCAAGUGCAUGAGAGUGUGUCAAUGCCUUUUAUUUAUUUGUAUGCACUUUUAAUAUGCAGAAUUUAUAUUUUUAUGUUUUGAAAAUAAUUUCCAAAGGAAGAGUUUGGAUACAAGGGAUUGGAUGAUUAAUGGUGAAAAAUGUAAUAAUAGUACAAUAAAUUUACAGUGUACAAGG